GAGGCAGUGAAUACGAGGUCGAUUGAAAGUAACGAUCGUAUGGCGGAUGGUGGGGGUUACCAAGGGGAGUUAUCGUCAUCGGUGACGUCAAACGAUCGUGACAUCGAUGCGAAUUCAACGUCAGCGUUGCCAGUCAACGAACAGACUGGUGCAAAUAGCAAACAUUUUUGA